CAGAUUUUGCCUUCUCGGGGUGAUGUGGAGCUGCUGCUAGAGGAAACACGGCGAGCAGCAGUCAUGUCUAACUUUAUCCUGGGUUUAGAUGUGGGCACCACCUCUGUGAAGGCGGUUUUAAUAGAAACUGACUCCAGAUCUGUGGCUGCGACUCACAGUUUACCGACAGACUCUGAUCUGAGCGACAGCAGCGGAGUGAAGGCCAAAGAGCAGGACACCGGGCGGAUCAUAGACUCGGUGAAUCGGUGCCUCAGCUUCCUGCCUGCGGACAAACUGCAGCGGGUCAGCAGCAUCGGACUGACCGGACAGAUGCACGGAGUUCUGUUCUGGAAAGCAAAGAGCGGUUGCGAUUGGUCCAACAGAGACUUCUUCACAGCCAGAGACACCAGUCAGCUGAUCACCUGGCAAGAUGGACGCUGCAGCAGCGACUUCUUGUCCUCUUUGCCAAAACCAGACUCACAUCAAAGCGUGGCCACAGGGUUUGGCUGUGCAACAAUCUUCUGGUACAUGAAACACAGACCUGAGUUCCUCGAGGGCUUCACCGCUGCCGGGACCAUCCAGGACUACGUGGUGUCCAUGCUGUGUGGUUUGGACGAGUGUGUGAUGACGCCUCAGAACGCAGCCAGCUGGGGCUUCUUCAACACUUCAUCCAAUCAGUGGAAUGAAAACAUUCUGAAGGGUGCCGGCUUUCCUUUGCACCUGCUUCCUCGGUGUGUGUCGUCUGGCAGCUUGGUGGGACAGACGUGCUCUUCCUGGCAUGGUAUCCCUGCUGGUACACCAGUAGGCGCCGCCCUGGGAGACUUCCAGUGCUCUGUCUACUCCUGCAUGAGUGCAUGCACAGAUGCAGUUCUUAACAUCAGCACUUCAGCUCAGCUGACCUUCACUAUGCCAACUGACUUCAAACCUCCAGAUUCUCCUGAGCCCUCCUCCUCCAUCGCCUACUUCCCGUACUUUGACUCCUUGUACUUGGCUGUAGCGGCGUCACUCAAUGGAGGGAACGUACUGGCCACUUUUGUGGAGAUGCUGACUGCCUGGAUGAGAGAACUUGGUGCAGAGCCAGCUGACUCCUGCUUAUAUGAAAAGCUGAUAAAUUCCGCGCUCAGCCAGGAAACCAGCGACCUGAUGGUGAAUCCCACCAUCCUGGGAGAGAGGCACAACCCUCUGUGCCUGGGUCAGGUGACCAACAUCUCAGCCUCCAAUCUGUCUCUGGGUCAUGUGAUCCGGGCGCUGUGCCAUGGAAUCGUGAGCAACGUCACGUCCAUGAUGCCUGCAGAACGUCUCCAGCAGGCGGGGGUCCGCAGGAUCGUGGGCAGUGGGAGCGCUCUGGCUCGUAAUGAGGUGCUCCGGCAGGAAGUGGAGAAGGCGUUUCCUCAGGAGAUGGUGUACGGACAGAACGCUGACUCGGCUGUCGGCGUUGCCAUGGUGCUCUGUGACCGACUUUGAUUGAGGGUCCUAAUCCACGGAGGGAUCUCUCUCUGUUUACGUGAUUAGUUCAAAAUUUUGCACUCUUUUUAAUGCCUUUUAUUAAAUGGUAUUGCUUUGUUUAAAAAAACAAAACAACGGGGAUCAGGACAGGGAUCAAAUGUAUUUAAAAUUCCAGGACCAAAACGAUUGAAGCUGCUAAGUGAUUUACAUACUGACUCAAAUUAGCUGCUGAGUGCAACGUAUCCCCCUUAAACAUUUCACUGUGACUGAACAGCUGUUACUGAGCUUUUCUGUCUCUGCCAUCAGGGUUUGGUAGUGUAUUUUACAGUGAAGUGUUACAGCGUAAAAUAUUUCCAUUCUUCAGAAUCAACGUGUUAGAGCCUUUUCCUAGAUCCGACAUGUUCCAAAGAUGCUUGGAAUUCAUCAGAAACAGUCAGAACAGUGUUGAGUGCAACAGCAAAUAUGCUGUAAGAGCCUUUAACAGCCCCACAUUCUACUUUACUGGAGCUCUACAGCUGUUUGAUGCUGCACCAUCCGAAUAUAAUAAGAAAUUAGUUUAUUCCCACAUUCCCUGCAUGUUUCUAAGAGGAAUGACACAAAAUCAUGAAGUGGGUAGAACCCACAGCAUGAUGCAACACUGAUUGAGGCUCAGUAAAAUCAUUGUGUUUGGUUUGUGAACAACUUGCAACAUAUUAACAUUCAAGCAGAAACAGUCAUGGUUUUAUUAUUUUCUGGUUCACAGUUUCUUCCUCAGGUUCCUUUUUGGUUCCCUCUGGGGAAAUGCUUAAUGCUUAACUCUGGUCAGAAGGAGUUGUAUCCAUAGAUUUCUGGAGUCAUCAGGGUGUGAGCGAGCUUUUUGUGUCUGAUGGAUUCAUUGCUCUGGUUUGUAUUACGGAAGGAAGUUUAAUUGACUUUGUGCUCCAUUUAGCCUAAUUUCUGUGAGCUUGGAUAACUGGCAUCAUGUAGCUGGCUCUCAGCCUUAACUCUUGUUUUUCAGUCCAGCUCUGAGCAUGAAAGAGGCAGAGUUCUUUAUUACGGGCCAUCAUCAGAACCAUGACCCAAUAAGAUGAGAGGAGAUGAAAACAGCCACAUCUGUGGGGAAAUUCUGCAAUAUCAACGUACUGUGCAAUACGACUGAAAUGUUAAAUAAUUCAAGGUGAUACCGCCUUACAGUAAUCACAUUAUUUCUAAGUUAAACAGUUGGGUAUUUGCUCUUAUGUGAAAUAAAAUAUAAAAAAUAAAUAAAGUUUAUACUGACUGUAUUAACAAUACAGGCUCCACAUUAAGUAAGAACUCAGUGCAACCAAAGUCAUCAUCACCACAGUCCCACCUUUGUGCUUCACUAUUGGGACUAUUCAGUCACUGUGGUUGUCCAGACCAGGUACACCCCAAAGAAACUGGAACACUUCUGAGCCAAUUGAAAUUUUAUCUUGGAGUCAUCUGACCAAAGAAUGUGCUCUCGAAAUGCAUUAGAUUAUUUUCAUGUUUUUUAGCUUGCAUUUUUGUGCUGAGGAGCAAUCAUUGUUUGAUAUCUUGAACACUGUCCAUAGAGGUUGACGGUUUGCAAUGUCCUUCACAUUGUCUGAGCUGCCACAGAAACUCAGAUUUUCACUGAUAACUCCUGUGCCAAGUCUGAAGCACAGAGCCUGUCUGUUUUUCAGAUCUGGAUUCUCUAGCGCACUACUACAAAAUCAUGUGCUGUCCAUGGUGUCAUUUUAGGAGGACCGCUGCAGCUCUGAUUAGUAGUACUGUGGCUCUUUCUUUACCUCCUGAUUGCUGCCUCAGCUGAUUAUUACUUGGUCACUGAUCUUCCUGUGUCUUUUUCUGUCUUUGUUUCAGAAUCAGAUUUUUAAAUUUAUCUGGUAAUUGUUUUCCACAUGGAGCCAUGAUGUGGACAUGCAGAUUGACACAGCUUAUAGGUCCAACACUGAGAAAGUUCUGCUGUUCACAGCUCAUUUUAUAACCAUGUUCAUGCAGUUAGGCUAACCGGAAAUCACAGGUGUACUAAGUUUGGUUUUAAGUGAUCACAGGUUUUCUAACUUAUCUGUCAGUGAUCACAAGUGUAUUCAGCUCUGUUGCAUGAUGUUUCUACUUUGAGGCCUGUAUUUUUAAUAUAGUCUCUCCGGUUCAUUUGUUUUUGAUUGAUCAGUAAGAGGAAAUACUCUACUGUUGUUAUUUCACACUGGGCGUACUCACUUUUGUUUUAUACUGUUAUCUACUGUUAGUGUUUUUAUGACCCAAGCAGACAAGAGAAGUACUGAUGGUCCAAAAAAGAAAAGAAUAAGAAAAGAAUAGGUGUACUUGGACAAAAUAUUGCUUUUAUAAUUUACUCAACUGAUUAAUGGUAAAGGUGUGUUUCCCCUAAAACUCCAAAAAGAGCUGCAGCUAUUCAGUCAGGGUUAAAAACUACAGCGGCUCAAACCUAAAUACACUGAUAGGACUCCUGUGGAUUUGGGUUAGAUUUAUUACCACAGGCUUUUAAUAUUCAUGCUGUGAUUUGUCAUGAAGAGCGAAAUGAUUGUACUGAUCUAUAAAAAUGUCUCUGCUGCUCUGUAUAGUUUUAUUGUAAACGCAGUGCUCCUGUGUAGUAAUGACUGACUUUUCCACCAGACUGUUUACUGUGAAGCUCAGGUUGCCAUAGUGAUCUUCAAAGUGACCCAGCAUCAUGAUACCAGAAACCUAAGAUAUCUGGCUAACCUGCCAACGCUGUGAGAUGCAGGCUCCAGCACAUUUAUCCGGUUUAGACCAACGCUUGUGUUUUUCUUGCACCACCUUCCUUUCCAUUUUACACAUGCACUGACGGAUUGCCUUGUUCAAGAGCUGCACAGUCGUGUUUGUUAAAGCAUGCCUGAUUGAAUAUGCAUCAUUCGCUGUCCUAGCUCACUUCAUCCAAGCUGAUCCUUAGAUUUCAAGUUUUUCUGAAUUUUACCCUACCACUGCUCUUUAUUUGCCUUCUGUGGAAUUACUGCUUCUCAAAUGGUGGAUAAAUGGACUCGGCUUAUGCCAUUUGUCUCAUAGUAUUACAUUAAUUUCAUAAUUAAGUAGCAAGUAAUGACACUAAAAGUCACCAGAGAGAAAACGUAUUUGUUCUGAAGCAUCCAGAUGGACCGAUUAAUACAGUUGGUGUCUUCAUUAUUUGCCGCAUUCCUUGUAAAACAUUGAUUUUUACAAGGAAAUACAGAUCUUAUCAUAUUCAAUGAUCCAUUAUACUGGAGCAACAUGAAGGUCUGUGGGUUAGUAGUUUACACAUGAAGGGAUGUUGUCAAAUAAAUCAGUAUUAAUGAUUCAAA